UAUGUGAUAAAUCACAAAAGCCCAACAAUCGCGCUUUAAGGAUUUUGUUGUAACUCGACCACCGUACACUACACGCUUCUGAUUGGCCCAUGCUGCGUACAAUCGUUUGGCUAACGUUUGCCGGUUCUUUCAGAUCAGCGUCAACAUGAGUCUGAGAAAACAAACCCCGAGUGACUUUCUGAAGCAGAUCAUUGGGAGACCUGUGGUCGUCAAACUGAACUCUGGCGUGGAUUACAGAGGUGUGCUGGCCUGCCUGGAUGGUUAUAUGAACAUUGCCAUCGAGCAGACAGAGGAGUAUGUUAAUGGGCAGCUCAAGAACAAGUAUGGAGAUGCUUUUCUCAGAGGAAACAAUGUUCUCUACAUCAGCACCCAGAAGAGGAAAGUUUAGUGGAGAUGAUUUUGUGUUUUCUUCCUUUUUUUAUUUUAUUUUCCUGUAUUUUAUGCAUCUCGAGACAACUGUCUGAUGGUCUUGUGAUUUAGGUUCUGUAAAUCCUUAAGUCCUAAAGAAUGUUUGUUUUUGUAAAAGUGGAAUGACUUAAUAAAUUCUCAGUUUUGAUGUA